UGCACGGUUACCGUUCCACUUUUAUUGAUUAUUCAGCAGAUUUUCAGAUACAGUAGACGUCACUUUUACAUGAAUAAGCCAACAAUUCCAAAAUUUGCUGACAUCGGGAAAACUUAGUGCAGCGUUUGGCAAGCUAAGACUGUUGUGCUGUGCCAGGAGCAAGUUUUGUUUCGUGCGUUUUACAAUCAGAUGUUAUAUCAAGAUGGAGCAUAGAAAUUCUGGAAGUAAACAUCAUGCACAUAUACAGGAGUCCACUGGUCAACAUGUGACCCAAUCUGAUGGAGAAGAAAGUGUCGUGAAGACUGGAUAUUACACAUUACCAACAUGUCGUUUUACAAUCCUGGUUCAGGUUUUGUUAUUUACUGACUUGGUGUCCUCUGUUGCACUCUGGCUUUGUGGUGGAGACAGUGGUUACUUAGAGAAAAAUGUGAUGCAUUUCAAGAUUAAAGACUCUGUGUUUGACUUAGCAGCAAUAGCAUUUGUGAAGUGCAGCAUUCUCUUCUUUUCUUAUCACUGGUUAGAAAAUUUUUCUACGAAGCAGAUUGAUUAUCCCUAUGAGAGAAGACUUGCAUUAAGGAAAUGCUGGUGCCAUUUUCUUGCAAUAAUUUUGAGUCUUGGGUCACUUGCUUACAGUGUAACUAAAGGUGUUCUUAUUUAUAAAGAGGAAUCACAGGAAAAGCACAAACUCCACGCAACUUACUUUGCCUUGGUCAUAAGUUCUGUUGCAUUUUCCUUCUUGGAAACUGUGUUUGCACUUAGUAGUUUUGUUGCUAUGAGACGACUGAAACUGAUGCGAAUUCUUCACACUCCUAACGAUACUGAAGCGAAAAGGAAGCCAAAGGUCAAUUUAGGAAGGUUGAUGACUCUGGCCAAACCAGAGCUUCUCUUACUAUUAAUGGCAUCUCUGGCUCUGUUGGCAUCCAGUGGGGCACAGAUUGCAGCUCCUUUCUUUUUUGGUAAAGUGAUUCAGGCAGCAACGGAGAAAGGCAUGAAGCAUUUGAAUGAGACCAUUGUAAUCCUUGCCCUUGUCUACCUUGGAGGUGCAUUAGCUGCUUUGGUAAGAGCUUGGCUCUUCACUCUCGCUGGUCAGCGGCUAGUGGCUCGGAUAAGAAAGCAGCUGUUUAAUUCUAUCUUGCAUCAAGAGGUGGCAUUUUUUGACAAUAACCGGACUGGUGAACUUAUCAACCGAUUGUCAUCAGAUACUCAAGUCAUUCAAAAUGCCUUAACAGUUAAUGUCUCCAUGUUACUGCGGUACAUAUUCCAGAUUGUUGGUUCUCUGGUUUUUAUGUUCACUCUGAGUGCCAAGUUGACUGGAGUUCUUAUAUCUGUUGUUCCUAUUGUGGGAAUAGGUGCCCAGCAGUACGGAAGUUAUGUUCAAGGAUUACGAAAGAAAUUUCAAGAUGAGUUAGCUGCAGCAUCUGCUACUGCAGAAGAAUCAAUUGGGAACAUACGAACUGUGCGAUCAUUCUCUCAAGAGCGUAAAGCCAUGGGAAACUAUGGCACAGAUAUUAACAAGAGUUACAAAGUUGGAGCAAAACUUGCCCUAUUUUCAGGUUUAUUUCAAGGUGUCAUUGGUAUUAUUGGUCAGGGUGCUGUUGUGUUGGUCCUGUGGUAUGGUGGCAAUCUAGUCAAUCAUGGUGAACUUAAUGUUGGAAUUUUAACAGCAUUUAUGCUGUACACUCUAAAUGUGGCCAUGGCAUUUGCCUUCCUCUCAUCUUUGUAUGGAGACUUUAUGCAGGCUGUAGGUGCAUCAGUACGCAUGUUUCAGCUAAUGGAUCGCUUGCCAGCUAUAAAUGCGGAAGGAGGACAGAAACUUCACUCCGUUAAUCAAACAAUCCAGUUUCAAGAAGUCUGCUUUGCUUAUCCAUCGAGACCAGAUACUGAUGUUCUCAAGGGGAUGUCAUUUGAACUAAGACCUGGUCAGACUGUGGCACUUGUUGGGCCCUCUGGUGGUGGAAAGUCAACAGUGAUAAGCCUAAUUGAGAGGUUUUAUGAUCCAAAGUCAGGCAUUAUCACAAUAGGAGGAACAAACUUGGGUGAACUGGACUUGUUUUGGAUGAGACGCAAGAUUGCCCUUGUUAGCCAAGAACCAGUUUUGUUUGCCACAACUAUAGCUGGUAACAUUGCAUAUGGAUGUGACGCCACUCAAGAAGAGAUAGAGGAAGUGGCAGUGCAAGCUAAUGCUCAUGCUUUUAUCACAGAAUUUGAGGAAGGAUAUCAGACUCAGGUUGGUGAGCGAGGCGUGAAGUUGUCUGGAGGUCAAAAGCAACGUGUAGCUAUUGCAAGAGCUCUUCUGAUGAACCCUGAUAUUCUUCUUCUGGAUGAGGCGACAAGUGCAUUGGAUGCUGAAAGUGAACAUUUUGUGAAAGAAGCCAUUGAUCGGGCCAUGAAGAAUAGAACAGUUCUAGUAAUAGCACAUAGGCUCUCUACUGUGCGCAAUGCUGACCAGGUAUUGGUUAUUGAUAAAGGUCAGAUUGUUGAACGAGGUACCCACAAGGACUUGCUGGCUAGUGAAGGUGUUUACAAAAAACUUGUUCUGCGACAGCUGAGUACUUCCCAAGGUGCCUCUGUUGCAGCUGAUGACAGCUUUGAUCCAGAUCUUUGGGAGGCAGGCAAAACUCCAAUCGAUGAAGAGGAAGAAUCCUAGUCAAACUGUAACAGUUACAUUGUUCUCGUAGUCUUGUUUUUGUUAUAGUGUUAAUGAACUAGGGUUUAAUUAAUGUUAUAGUGUUAAUGAAUUAGGAUUUAGAUAAUAGGAACCAUCACUAGGUGUAAGAUGCACGACAUGAGAGGUCGCAGAGAGUAAACAUAUAUAGCUAAGUUGCAUGCAUAUUGAGUGUGUGAUAUAUUGUGUAACAGUAGUUUAGGUAGUGAUUAUUAAAGUUCAGUCGGCUGUUUUAA